AUGGUAGCCAUCGCACAGAUCCCGCCAUCGACGACAACGGCCGAGCCCGUGCACGCAACGCUCACGCUGUCCAACGAGGAGCUCCUUCAUUACUCUACGUACGGUCCCGCGACGGCGGCCAAGACAUUUGUGCUUUUGCACGGCGCACCCGGGGCGUACACGGACUUCAAGUACCUCUCCCCACUCCUCGUGACGGAGCCGGACACGAAUGCGAUCGUGUUUGAUCUGCCGGGAAGCGGCCGCACGAGUAUGGACACAGCCGGCGGCCUCGCUUCGUUCAACUCGACGGGUAUCGCAGAGGCCGUCAUCGACGCGUGGCCGCGCCUUUCGUUGUCGCGGGCAUUUCUCAUUGGACAUUCGAUGGGCGGGCAGACCGCGCUGCUUGUGGCCGCGAGCUCCGCGGUGGCGCCAACGCUGUGUGGUCUUGCGCUCCUCAACCCCGCAGGCUUUGGCCCCCACCACGUGUCACGACCGCUCUUUUUGGCCAAGAUCUGGGCUUGCGCGCUGCGUUUUCUUGGCGACGGCGAUCACUUUUUGCAGCGCUGGACCCACAGCUUUUACCUCAACACGCUCCGGUUUCCAAAGACGACACUGCCAUCGUCGUGCGUCGCGGCCAUUCUGCACGUCUCGUCGCCCGACUAUGCGCGCAUUGAGUCGUCGGCGCGGGUGAUUCAAAGCCGCGGUCUCUCGACGUUCAUGGCGCUUGCCUCCGACGACCGCAUCGUUGAGGUUGCUAUCGGCCACGAAGUUGCCGACGUCUUAAAACCGAGUGUGUUGAAGGAAUACCCUACGGGUGGACACAACAUACAAAAGACGCAGGCCGCGGAUCUUGGUCUGUCCAUUCUUGCGUGGAGCAACCAUGAUGGCAAGCUAUGA